AUGGGUGUGGCACUGGCCAAGUCUGUCCAGUGGAAGGCGGCCGAAUUUGGGACUGGAACCCUAGAGACCACCCCUCUGAAUGAAUCGAUAUUGAAAGAAAUUACUAAGUUUGUGGAGAUGUUUAUUGUUAAACAUCCCCACGAGGCCAAGUUUGUUUUUGUAGAACCACUUGAAUGGAAAACCAAGUUGACGCCCUCAGUGUUUAACACAGAUUAUAUUGUCAGUGAAACAAUGGUCCAAUCAGAAGAAGUUGAUCAGCAUAGACAGCCUUUAUUAGAGCUGCGUGUACCACAGAUUAAAGUUAGAAGCUUUGGACAACUCUCACAACUGUUACUAAUUGCCCAAGAUAAACAGCUGGAGGAGGCUCGAGCAUGUAUUGAAGGUGAUAUUUACCCUCCAUCCUGGGAAUUGAACGGCAAAACAGAAGAAAAGGGAGAAAUUGAUUAUGAGAGAAAAGGUAAAAUUUACAAAGAUCUUGUCGAAUUUUUAAAAGACAAAUCAACAGUAUUUUCAGAAAGUAUGUCUAAACAGGAGGCUAAACGCAAUGAAGAGCAGCAACAAAAUAAGACUGAUGGAAAACCCCAGAAGGAAGAACCCUCUACCUCCCAGAAAACUGUACCUGGUUCAGACAUCAGUAAACUGGAGAAAACCCAAAUUGAUUUUGAGAAGAGUCAAAUGACUAAGAGAUUGCAGCCAAGCUUAAACUGGAAGACCUCUGUUGAUUUAAAAGAGCACAGAAGCUCUUUAAAAGACAGUACAGAGGAAAAACACGGAAAGCCUAGGGCAUCCAUUUCACAUGGAAGACCACAACUACUUCGCAAGAGCGUUGAAAAGAUUGAGGAGACUAUCAGUGAGAGCUCCUCAGAGAGCGAGGAAGAUGAAGAAGCAACCGAUCAUCGCCAGGAAGCCAAUGCAGAUUUGCCAUCAGAAUACUGGCAAAUUCAGAAGUUGGUGAAAUACCUAAAGGGUGGAAAUCAGACAGCCACAGUGAUUGCUUUGUGUUCAAUGAGGGAUUUCAACUUAUCCCAAGAGACCUGUCAGCUGGCUAUCAGAGAUGUUGGAGGCCUGGAAGUUUUAAUAAAUUUGCUUGAUACAGAUGAAGUCAAAUGUAAGAUUGGUUCAUUAAAAAUCCUGAAGGAAAUCAGUCAUAAUCCUCAAAUCAGACGCAAUAUUGUUGACCUUGGGGGAUUACCAAUUAUGGUUAGCAUCCUCGAUUCUCCACACAAGAGUCUGAAGUGUCUGGCAGCUGAAACCAUCGCAAACGUUGCCAAGUUCAAGAGAGCCCGGAGGGUAGUGAGGCAACACGGGGGCAUUAACAAACUGGUGGCUCUAUUAGAUUGUGGACAGAGUACAGCUGAGCCCACUCUGCCGAGUUUGUAUGAAACUAGAGACGUGGAAGUGGCUCGCUGUGGGGCGCUGGCCUUGUGGAGCUGUAGUAAGAGUCACUCAAGCAAAGAAGCCAUUCGUAAAGCUGGAGGCAUCCCUUUGUUGGCUCGGCUGCUGAAGACGUCUCAUGAAAACAUGCUCAUUCCAGUGGUGGGCACGUUGCAAGAGUGUGCAUCAGAGGAGAACUAUCGAGCUGCAAUCAAAGCAGAAAGGAUCAUUGAAAACCUUGUGAAGAACCUGAAUAGCGAGAAUGAGCAGCUGCAGGAGCAUUGUGCCAUGGCCAUCUACCAGUGUGCUGAAGAUGAGGAAACUCGUGACCUGGUUAGGCAGCAUGGAGGGCUUAAACCCCUGGCCAGUCUACUGAAGAAGACGGAUAAUAAAGAACGAUUAGCUGCUGUCACAGGGGCAAUAUGGAAAUGCUCUAUCAGCAAGGAGAAUGUAACCAAGUUUCGGGAAUACAGAGCCAUCGAAACUUUGGUGGGACUCUUAACCGAUCAGCCUGAGGAAGUACUUAUAAAUGUGGUUGGGGCCUUGGGAGAAUGCUGCCAUGAACACGAAAACCGAGUUCUUGUCCGGAAAUGUGGUGGCAUUCAGCCACUUGUGAACCUCCUGGUUGGAAUAAACCAGUCUCUCCUGGUGAAUGUCACAAAAGCCGUCGGCGCUUGUGCAGUAGAACCUGAAAGUAUGCUAAUAAUUGAUCGUUUAGAUGGAGUUCGUUUGCUGUGGUCCUUGUUGAAAAAUCCACACCCAGAUGUCAAGGCCUCUGCAGCAUGGGCACUGUGUCCCUGCAUCCAAAAUGCAAAGGAUGCUGGAGAAAUGGUCCGCUCUUUUGUUGGUGGUCUGGAACUUGUUGUCAAUUUACUGAAAUCGGAUAACAAAGAAGUUUUGGCAAGUGUAUGUGCUGCUAUUACCAACAUAGCAAAAGAUCAAGAAAACUUAGCUGUUAUUACGGAUCAUGGAGUUGUACCUUUAUUGUCCAAGCUGGCAAAUACGAAUAAUGAUAAAUUGAGGCGUCACCUGGCAGAGGCAAUUUCCCGUUGCUGCACAUGGGGAAAAAACAGAGUGGCCUUUGGUGAACACAAAGCAGUGGCUCCAUUAGUGCGUUACCUGAAAUCCAGUGACACCAACGUGCAUCGAGCGACGGCGCAGGCCUUGUACCAGCUAUCAGAAGACGCCGAUAACUGCAUCACCAUGCAUGAGAACGGCGCAGUGAAGCUUCUACUGGGCAUGGUUGGGUCCCCGGAUGAGGCUCUCCAGGAGGCUGCCGCUGGCUGCAUAUCCAACAUCCGCAGGCUGGCUCUUGCAACAGAAAAGGCGAAAUAUAAUUGA